UCUAACCAAACUUCCAGGUUUUUUGAACUUGAGAGGAACUGAAACGUCAAAAUAAUGAGAACAACAAGUGGAAUUAAAACAAUUUGGAACAAUUAAUUAGUGAAACAGUUGAUUAAUUCGAGUAUUCCAAGAAAAUGUUAAACGGUAAGACUCAGCUGAUACUGGCUGUGAUUCACAUAAGGGCUGCCUGAAGAAUGUGAGUACAAAUGUUGCAGAUUCCUGGCCCCUAACAGGAAAUCGGCAAUUAUUGAGCGUUUAACAAUGUAUAAGCCGCCCCAGAACUGCAACCGAGUCAAGUCGAUCAAGAGCAAGUUUGAGAGUAUCGAAAAUCAGCAAGAUAAGGCGGGUUUCGUCAGAAGCCCCACACAGGCCUGUAAAUAUGUGGAGAACAAUGAUCGGGGCAGAAGUGCGCUUUCCAGACAGCUAUCCGACCCGUCUAGGCCGAACAUUAAGCGGACGCCAGCCUUCCGAGUGGAUAGAAACUGCGAGAAUAUCUCCAAUAGGAAAACCUUAUUUGAGAACAAAGUGAAACAGUUCAACAGUGUUAAGGAUGAGAAGGUGGAAAAAGAUCUAAGUAGCAGUGAAAAGUGCUGUUUAAGUGGUAAAGAGAACGUGUCCUUUCUGCACUCCAAUGCGGCCUCAAAGCCUGUGCUAAUAAAAUCGAAAAGUUCGCAUGAAUUCAACUACACUCCGCGCCGAUUGAUUGAGUCUCCAAAGCCCAACUCACUAGCUGCCUCAACUGAAGAACCUCCGGAAAUGCUGUUGCAAAACGUCGAUCUCUCAUUGCUCUAUACAGAGCCCAUUCCCAAAUCGAUGCGAAAUAAAAACCCUCCAGAACCCGAACAGUUGCAGCCAAAACUCGAAUCCAUUUACAACAAAAGCACCCUCCAGCUCACCGAUGUAGACAAAAAGCUAUUCCUCGAAUCACUCAAGAAGGUCCUAAAGCAAGACGUGCCCCAGGGCCUGACUGACUCGCUGAAAGUCGCCCUUAAAAAGCCCCUGCCUCAAGGGCCGGCCCCCAUAAAGCCUCCGCGGACUUUCCAGCACUCUUCAUCAAAACUCCCCGACGAGCGGAAGAAACCCGGAAAAAAGGCCGAUCCUAAAUACAUGCUAAACAAGUUGGAAAUUGCGCUGAAAAACAACAAACUCCGAACUCGGAAGCAGGAAAAGGCUGAAGUGUCCACCACAUCGGGCGAGGACAGUGACGAUAGUCUGUUAUUUCAGAGCAAAUCAUGCCCUAAAGGGCCGGACUUUGGGUUCAGUGAAUUGAACUGUUUUAAUAGCUUUCGUUGCGCUGAUCCAGCCUACGAGAGGAUCAAGGAGCAGCAGUCUUCGUUUUAUGUGGAACGGGAGCAAAACCCUAUUUAUGCCGAGCCGAUUCAGAGGGGAUUGUGUAGUGAACAUCGAGCUGUUGCGCCUAAUAACCGAAAUAGCCUUUAUUAUAUGAGUACUGCCCUAAUAUCCGAAGAUACUGGCGAGCAGAGACCAGUGAAUGGGCUUAAUUUACCAAAUAUUCCGGACAUUGGCACUAAAAUGUCGAGUUCAAAAAGCGAUCAGUGCAAUCCGCUCUUAAAUCAACAGCUAUCGGCCGACAAUUCCUCCUUAUCCUCCUUCACGUCUGAUUUGGACUCAACUCCCAGUCCCGUAACGGAUGAUCCUCACAUGAAAAUCCGUUACCUCAUCAACAACUUUGAGCGCAGAAGAGAAACGUUGCCCAAAAGCCAAAAACAAGCCGCGGAAAAGUGCAACAGUCAUGAAGAUUUGCGCCCUAAUAAUCCUAACAGGGUCGAUGUGUUGAGGUCCACCCUAAAAGAGACUCUGGAUAAAAGCUUUGCCUCUGAUUGUCUGCCGUCCGGUUCAAGGGAUUCGGAUUCGGACGAAGGAAAAGUGGCUCGGAUGGUCGCUCGCUUCCAUACAUUCCAGAAAACCGCUCCCAAGUAUCAGCAGCCUCAAGUGAGCAAAGACACGCUAUUCUACUGCUGUCUGGUGAUUGAGAAAGUUCGCGAUUGUGCCCAGAUUAAGUUCAAAUUUCCUCCAAAUGUGGACAUUCCGCGCGAUAUUGAGCAUCUGUGUUUUCCGGAGAGUUCGGACAGUCCUCCAUUGGAGGGAACGAGUGCCGCUCAAACCUACAGCUUAUUAAUCACAAGCGAAACGGGCGAUAGAACUUAUGGGUACUGCAGAAGGGUCCUGCCAGAAGGGUCGAAUUACUGUCUUCCUCUGGCUUACUGUAUUCUAAGCAAAUAUCGGGCUCCGAAGUUUUACAAGAAGAUUCUGCUGGAACUAGAGGGCCGGCAUGGCAUGCAGGACCGAUUUCGGGAGACGCUCAUCAGCCAGUUUUAUCACAAAAAGUUCCCCAAGCCCGGUGAAAGUAUUGCGAUUAACUUGAGCAAUAUCGGGGAGGAAAAUCUCCGAACCCCUAAUGGGAUCGAGGAAAGUUUGGAUCUGACUAGUUAUAUUCAAGUUAAUAAAACUGGAGAAUAUGCAUUAUCUAAUAGCAAAAGCACGUCAAUUUUUGUGUCCGAAUCGGACAUGGAACAGAAUGCGACUCCCACGUUUCUCACAUGUGAAGGCAACAAAUCCGAAUUGAUGCUGACUUUGCAUCCGGACACCCGUUAUGAGGAUGCGGAUUUAAAAAGACUGCACAAGCUGCCCUCUGAUAUACUGCUGAAAAUUUUCUCGUCUCUUCUGUUGGAGCGGAAAGUGAUUCUCAUUAGUUCCGUAAUCAGUGAACUGUCUUCGUGCGUUGACGCCCUCCAAAGCAUUCUGUACCCAUUUACGUGGUAUCAUACGUUUAUUCCCAUUCUGCCCAAGUCCCUCUGGGACAUUGUGGAAAGUCCUACUCCAGUUGUAUGCGGCGUGUUGUCACAGGAAGCUAUAGAAGAUCGUCAUAUUGAAAACGGAAUUGUGGUGAAUUUGGACACUAAAAGUGUUCUGGUUGAGGAAAGGGAUGAAAGCAAGAUAUUGGGGGGCAGCUUGCAGAAAGUGUGGCGCCAAUUCAUCACUUUGGCUAAUAACACGAAAUCAAGAGAAUACGUGUAUUCGGUUUAUUUGGCUGAUGCCUAUUUGUACGUUUUUAUAUGUUGCUUCAAGAACUACAAGCAGUAUAUAAAAAAUGGGCAGUUUUUGAAAGAAGAAUUGAUAAAGAAUGGCAAAACGAAAGGAAUCCGCCGAUUCCUGAAGAUGUUUACCGAAACGUGCAUGUUCCAUGCCUUUAUGGACACGGCCCUGAACAAUCCGGACAGUUUGGCAGCUUUCGAUAAGAAAAUCGAGCUGUACGGCUCGGACGAAAGUCGGAUUAUCCUGGAUAAAUUAAUCGACUGGCAUAGGUAGUUUGGAGACUGAUCUAUUUUUUAGGUCCUAUUGAUAAUAUUUCGCAUUUUAUUAGGCAUUUAUAUCUGCGAGUGCUGGUUGUUGAUAGGUAGAAUUUAUUCAUGUGAUGGUUAUGAAAUGUUUUUUAACUGUUCCAUAACUACUGUGUAGUUUCUUAUUUUUUUAUGUCUAUUUAGGUACCAGCUUGUUUUCAGGCAGUUGAUUCUCAUUCAAUUAUCCCAGUGCUGAUGGAGAUUUUUCAAUGUCGAAAUAUUAAUUUUAAGUGUUUGUGAUUGAAUCUAAAAGUUGACCUGUUUUUUCAAUGGGGAAAAUGACAAAAUUCAGUUUCAUAUAAAAACUUGCUUUUGCUGAUGAAUUAAAACUCCACAAAGUUUUACCAAUGAAAAGUUAUACUCAGUUUUGUUGUCCCUGACCAGUUGCAAGUCGUUACAUGGUUUUGUGAAAAACGUAUAUGAAGUACAAAUCUGCAAUAAAAAUUUUUUAGAGGACAGGCCGAUUUUAUUUACUUUUUAUGUAGGCCCCAACAGCCUAUACUUUAUACCUAAGACUAGCUUAAUCCGACCAGAAUAUGCUCUAUUUGUGUAAGUGGUAAUUUAUAAAAUGUUGUAUAUACUCAUUGGAACAAUUGAUGUAAGCUAUUUUUUAUACAAAUACAUGUUUUAUAUUUCA